UCCAGUUCUGCUCUCCGUAAAUAAUUCCAUUUAUUUUCAUUAAUUCCAAACGAAACCGCAACAAGAAAACUGUUUUUUUAAUAUGUAAUCGGUGUACGGGAACUUUGUGAUCUUACAGAAAUAUAUUCCGAGAAGGGAUAUAAUUUUGUCGUCACCGGAAUAAUGUAAUAUGUCUACUGCUAGGAAGAUGGCGAAGAGCUUAUACGGUUUACAUCGUCGGAUGAUUGGUGCUGAAGUAACUGGUGUAAAACUUGCAGAACAGGUCUCCGAAGAAGUCAUUGAACAGCUCAAGAAAGAUGUCCAUGUUCACAAGUUGCUAUUGUUUCGUAAUCAAGGUGUUAUCAGUGGAGAGAGACAUGUAGAGAUCAGCCGGUGGUUUGGCGAACUCGAGUCUACUUUCUACAAACACCCGAAAUCUCCCCACCCAGAUGUGUUCAGAGUGUCAAAUGACGAACGACAGGGUUGCAGGAACGUUGGAAGGACAGGAUGGCACAUAGACGGAAGUUUUAUGCAGCAACCAUUUAAAUUUUCAUUUUAUUAUAUAGCUUCAGCACCGAUGGCCGGAGGGACAGCAUUUGUUUCGUUGCAUGAUGUCAUAGAAAAUUUAUCAAAAGAGAAACGAGAAUCCUGGGAGAAGUUGUGGAUGGUGAGUGAUCGUCGCUCGAAACUCAUCCAUCCUCUGAUUUACCCUCACCCAGUAACCAAGUCACCGACGAUGUGUUUCCACCUUGGAAUGACCGAAGGAUUUUGCUGGAAUUAUGAACGAGACAAUGAAAAAUGGACAUCAUGGGAAGAAACACAAAACAUUUUGGAAGAUAUUCAUGAAGAAAUUGUCAAGGAUAAUCGGCGUUUAAUAUAUGUCCAUGAGUGGCAGAAUGGAGAUUUCAUUUUGUCUGACAAUUUGGCUGUCGGUCAUGAAGCAACUCCUGAGACCCAAUUUGCUGUUUCUGAAGUUGGUCUAAGGAUCCUCCAUAGAACUACUAUAAAAGGCGAGAACACUCCUACCAAGGCAUAAAUGGAACGAAACUGUAUUGUUGUAGAUUUCCGCUGUUUCCCGGUGGCUAUAGGAGAUGGGAUUAUGAAGGGAUCUGGAAUAUAUGCUUUAAUCUUUUACCCUGUAUUUAUCAAAUAGGAAUUAUCACAAACACACAUAUACUUACAAGCUUAAAUACAUUUACACACACACACACACACAUACACACUAAUAGGUAUCCAAGAUAUCACACAGUUUUUCUGUAUUUUACAAGCAGGAUUAUUUUUAACACCUAGAUCAUUCUUUUUAUAUGUACAUACAUUGUAUAUAUGUGUGUAUAUAUACAUCCGUUAAUGAUGAUUAAUGUGCAAAAUUCCUUGGUUGCUGACAUGAAGCUACAGCAUCCAAGAAGCUAGAAACUAUAUAUAUAUGUAUGUAUGUAUGUAUGUAUGUGUAUG